GAUGUUGAAGUGACUUGGAUUGAUCAGGAACGCAUCAAUGAAUUCAGUAAAUAUAAUGCCAAAAUCGACGACCUCGAAGAGGAAUAUGAAAAACUCAAGAAAGAGAAAGAGUAUUUGGAUGACGUUGCCAUGGAACUGGAAUUAGCUGAUGAAGAUGAGCCUGUCCGAUACAAAAUUGGUGAUGCCUUUGUUCACAUUAGUGUUUCUGAAGCAACUGAGAAAAUCGAAAAAGAUUCAGAAAGACUUGAUUUAUUAAUAGAAGAAACAAAACAGAACAUAGACAACAUACAAGAAAAGAUGGACGAACUUAAGAAAUCGUUGUAUGCUAAAUUUGGAAAUGCAAUCAAUCUUGAGAAAGAUUAA